ACAAAUGGAUAAGUUUUUGAUAGGAUAUAAGCGAAAAUCCACUAAUAAUGAAGAUUCUGAAGUUGGCACAAGUAGUGGGAAUACAAGCCACAAGGAACAGGAAGGAAGAACUCCCAAGACAAGGAAAUACGACUUAUCCUAUUUAUCGUUCGGAUUUACUAAUAUUAUUAACGAUAAUGUGGAAAAACCAAUGUGUUUGUUGUGUUCAAAAGUUUUGGCUGCUGAUAGUAUGAGACCCGGUAAAUUGAAACGGCACCUUGUAACUAUUCAUUCUGAAUACGUUGCAUCAUACCUAGUGUCGUACAGAAUCGCGCAAUGUAAAAAACCCCACACAAUAGCAGAAACCUUAGUUUUGCCAGCAGCUAUUGAUAUGGUCAAAAAAAUGUUUGGCCAAUCUUAUGCGAAUCAGCUGCGACAAAUACCGCUUGCUGAUAAUACAAUUGGCAGAAGAAUUGAUGAUAUAUCUGAAAAUCUUUGUGACCAAUUAGUUUCUCGAAUGCGUACUUCAAAAUUCGCCAUACAAGUAGAUGAAGCUACUGAUGUAGUUAAAGACGCACAUUUAAUUGCAUAUGUUCGAUAUGUUGACGAUACUAAUAUAAUUGAAGAUAUCUUAUUUUGCAGACCAAUUCCUGACAGAGCCACAUCCAAUGAAAUUUUCAAAAUAAUAGGCAGAUUUUUUAAUGAGACCGACGUAGUGUGUAAUAAUUGCAUUGGGCUCUGUACUGACGGUGCACAAUCAAUGGCGGGACACAAAACUUGUCUUCAAACACCAGUUAAAAUGAAAACACCUGAGGUUCUCUGGACGCACUGCAUGCUCCACAGAGCAGCUCUCGUAUCAAAAACUAUAAGCGAGGAACUUAACAAUCUUUUCGCAAAAGUAACGAAAGUUAUAAAUUACAUAAAAAACAGUCCAUUAAAAGCAAGGUUGUUCGCAAAACUGUGUGAAGAUAUGCGAGCUAAUUACACGUCACUUCUGUACUAUUGUGAAGUGCGCUGGCUAUCUCGCGCAAAAAUGAUUCAAAGGAUACUUGAACUUUGCCAUGUUUCUCGAGGAAAAUCAUAA